GAGCUCGCGCGUGCGCACGGGGGCCCAGUCCUGGGUACCGCGCGCCCGUCUGCACGAGGUGAAGAGCGAAAUGGAGGGUUCGGCUUCCAAGCCACUCUCAUCCUCAACCGCAGCCUCGGCCUCCGCUCCAGCGACCCCGGCCUCCGUGGAGCAGCUGGACAAAGGACAGAUUAGAAAGGCGGUGGAAGCUCUGUUGGCACAUUCCAAGUCCAGGAAAAACGCCAAUGGAUUGCUUUUGAAUGAGAAUGAAAAUUUCUUUUUAAUGGUGGUAUUGUGGAAGAUUCCAAGUAAAGAACUGAGGGUCAGAUUGUCCUUGCCUCAUGGUAUUCGAUCAGAUUUAACAGAUAUUUGUUUACUUACCAAGGAUGAACCCAAUUUAACUCCUGAAAAGACAGAACGGUUUUACAAGAAGCUUUUGAACAAGCAUGGAAUUAAAACCAUAUCUCAGAUUAUCCCCCUCCGAACUUUAAAAAAGGAGUAUAAAGCCUAUGAAGCCAAGCUCCGCCUCCUGGGCAGUUUUGACAUCUUUCUCACUGAUGCAAGAAUCAGGCGGCUCUUGCCAUCCCACCUAGGGAGACAUUUCUAUCACAGAAAGAAAGUUCCGGUGCCUGUGAACCUUCUAGCCAAGAAUUUAUCCAGGGAGAUCAAUGAAUGCAUAGGUGGAACGGUCUUAAACAUCUCUAAAAAUGGUUCCUGCAGUACUAUCCGCGUUGGCCACACUGGAAUGGAGGUUGAACACGUCAUUGAUAACAUCAUCGCCGUCACGAAGGGGCUUUCCCAAAAGUUGCCAGAGAAGUGGGAGAGCGUGAAACUCCUGUAUGUGAAAACCGAGAGGUCCGCUUCCCUGCCCAUCUUUUCCUCAUUUGUCAGCUGUCAGGAUGAAGCCAAGGGAUUAUGCACCCCCAGUCAGAAGAAGAAAGAAGCAAAGAAAAAACAAAAACAAAAAGAGUAUCGUGAAAAACAAAAAGAGAAGAAGAAAAACAAAAGGCUUAUGAAACAGGCUAGAAAAGCUCCGUCGGCCCCGGAGAAGGAGGACGUGGGCCCCAAAACUGGUGGUACCGCAGCACCCAACCCUACCCCCAGGAAGGAGGAGCCAGGAGCGCUCGAGAAGAAAGAGGGCAGUGGAGUGAAAGCUCGGUCUAAAGUGCAGGAGGAAUCCGAAGACGAGAUCCCUCUGCUGGUGCCUAUAGGGAAGACGCCAGCGAAAGGAAACGCAGAGGUGCAAAAACACGCCACAGGAAAGAAGUCUCCAAAAAAGAGUCCUGCUCCCAGCACACCCCGUGGGAAGAAGAGAAAGGCGUUUCCGAGUUUGGAGACCCCGAAGGCUGCAGAGCCCAAGACCCCAAGCAAUGGCCUGGGGAAGAAGCCAAGAAUCAGAGAAGAGGCAGAGAAAGAAAAAAACUCUUCACUGGGGAAAAAAGACCCAAGACAGAUGACCAAAAAGCCAGGGGCCAGGUUCUUCACUACUGCUAGUAAAUCUGCGAAAAAAGCUCCCCGCACCCCCAAACAGUGGCUCAAAAAGCCCAAAGUACCCCAGUCAACCUAAAAAUCAAGAGACUCAAGCAGAAGGAAACAUCUACACUCCCCACAGAGCUUUUUAAAAAUGCCGGGGUCCCGGGCCCCACGCCAUGCAUUCUUCUCCCGGGGUGAGGCCCAGAC